GCAGCGGCUUCCCAAAUGAGUGCCCUAAGGAAGCAGCUGGCUGAGAAGCUCUGGGGAAAUGGGAAGGCCACAACCAGGGAUGCUGGAGAAAGCAGGAAGACCCCUGCCUGUGGUAAGAAGAAACCUUUGAAGCAGCCCAAGAAGCAGGCGAAGGAAAUGGAUGAGGAAGAUAAAUCAUUCAAGCAAAAACAGAAGGAGGAGCAGAAGAAAUUGGAAGAGCUGAAGGCUAAAGCUGCUGGGAAGGGCCCGCUUACUGGUGGUGGGAUCAAGAAGUCUGGUAAGAAGUAGCAGGUUUGAAGGACUACACGGCAAAGCAGUGAGAUGGAUUUCCUUCUGAUGGAUGCUUGACAGUGAGACUGACUUCCAGGCUAAUGUCAUGGGAAAUAUUAAUUUGACCACCUUUGUAAGUUGUAUUCAAAUAAAAUAAAUGCCUUUUUAAAAUGAC